AUGAAUCAAUUGACGAAGAGUUUAGCCUGUGAGUGGGGAAAGGAUAACAUCCAUGUUAAUACAUUAGCACCGAGGCUCGUAGAUACCUCACUUGUGGAUGCAGUGUUUGCCUUGCUCUUUCUAGUUGAAGCCAUGAAAUCACAUAACCUGGAGCCUGCUCUGAAUUGGGCUUCCACCAACAAGGAACAACUUAUUCAAAGUGGAUCUGACAUUGAACUGAAGUUUCAUCACCGUCAGUUUGUAGAGAUCUUGCAACACAACGGCAGAGAUGAAGCUCUGCAGUAUGCUAGAACAUUUUUUGCUCCUUAUGCUUCCAGUGACUUGUCUUUUACGGGCUGA